AUUUCUUUAAUAAAAUCAUUCUGUUAUUUGUUUAAUUGUAGUAGUAGAGUUGUGAGGAUCUUCUGAUUAGCUGAUCGCAAAAUGGUGGAUCUAAGUGAUAAAGGUUUAGGAUCUGAAGAAAUGAGUAGUGAAACAACUUCACCUGAAACAAGUCAGAGUAAUGUAAAGACUUGUGUUGAUUGUGGUACUACAAAAACACCUCUUUGGAGAGGUGGACCUGCUGGUCCCAAGUCACUAUGUAAUGCAUGUGGGAUCAAAAGCAGUAAAAACAGAAGAGGGCUUCUGGGGUUGAAAAAAGAAGACAAGAAACUGAAGAAAUCAGUGCCAUUUGGAAAUAAAAGUUGUAACAGUAGUAGCAGCAGCAGUGGAGAUAGUAGAAGCAGUAAUUUUGUGAAGAACAUAGUUUCUUCUUCAUUGAAAAAGAAAUUAUUACCUUUUGGUAAAGAGGAAAAAGUUUUGCAGAAACCAAGAUCAAGUUCUACUCAAAAGAGGAAACUGGGAGAAGUAGAACAGGCAGCAUUCUUGUUGAUGGCUCUUUCUUGUGGCUCUGUUUAUGCUCAGAGAAAAAUGAAAAUGCAAAAAGAAAGGAAAGGAGAAAACUGUUGUACUUUUGACAGUAAAAGUAGUACAUUGUGUGUUGGUUGAGUGUGGGUAGAUUAAUCAGAAGGAGCUUCUCCAAGUUGAGAGCUCUAUGUUUUCAUUUGAGUUCAUUAAUGAAAUUGUUUUCUAAUGUUUGAUGAUCA